CUGACACAACGAAAAACUUCGAAACAGAGUUAGCUGUGCCCGCUGCGUUGCCUUAUCGCAGUCCUACGUACAUCCGGUCAACAUGUAUGGCAUGUUACUGGAGAGUAUCCAGCACUUCGUCCAAGAAGAGUACGGAGAGGAGGUCUGGAACCAAGUCUUGGAAGAAUCCGGCUUCAAGAAUGCUGUCUUCACAACUCACAAAGUUUACCCGGACAUGCUCAUUCCUAAACUGGCCCUCGCAUGCAGCAAGUUUUCAAACUCUGAAGCAAAAGUGGAUGAUUUUUUGUGCUUUUUUGGGCGAUGUUUCGUAAGAUUUUUCACACAUUAUGGGUACGAUACCUUGAUUCGAGCUUCUGGCAGGUAUUUUAGAGAUUUUUUGAACGGCAUUGAUAAUUUGCACCACCAGAUAAGGUUCAGUUACCCUAAAAUGCAGAGUCCUUCCUUUUAUGUUGAGUCUGAAGAUAUUGGUGGGGCAAGAUUGCAUUAUAGAUCAAAGAGGGCUGGAUUUGGAUACUACGUGAUUGGGCAGCUGAUACAAAUCGCCCAGCAGUUCUAUGGACUGGAUCUUCAAGUGACCAUACUGACCGAUGGAGAAAGUAGCCAUGAUGAAUGUCAUCUCAUCUAUGAUUUAAGAUUCGAUAACACUCCAUACCAGAAUGCUCAGACUGCCCGGCGAAAUAUGAUUGAGCACACUGAUCUGGAGCCAGUAUCCUGCGUCUACCUCUUCCAGUUAUUCCCCUUCUCUAUAGCUUUCGACCGGACAAUGACAAUCCGGGAAGUCGGAGAGAAGAUCCGGGAGUUGUUCGGCGGGGAGGAGAUGGUCGGGCUGCCCGUAGAGACCUUUUUUCUCAUUCACAGACCAAGAGUGAAAUUCACAUGGGCCAACAUCUACAUUCUUCAGAAAGUUGUCGUCGAGUUAGAAUGCCUCAACUCUCAUUUCACCAAACAUCCUAUCUGUGAUCGCAGAAAUAGUGCUUCGACGCGAAACCUGCUUCUAAAAGGACAGAUGCGACUCAUAGAAGAAUGGGACGCAAUCAUCUAUCUCUGUGUUCCUCUACUUAGCAACCUCCAGGAAAUGCAAGAAGUUGGUCUUUACCUGACAGACUUAUGUCUCCAUGACAGCAGCCGAGAAAUCGUUCUUGCAGGGUGGCAACACGGUGCUCGUCUUGAAAUAUCCUAUGAAAAACAAGAAGAGCGCAGCCGUAAACUGGAGCAGAACUUGAAGAAGGCAGACGAAUGGAAACAAAAGGGGGAUGAUUUGUUGUAUUCUAUGAUCCCCAAGGCAGUUGCUCUCAGACUCAGAAACGGGGAGGAUGCCAUCGAAACAUGCGAAUCUUUCGAUGAAGUGACGGUUCUGUUCGGAGAAAUUGUGGAGUUCGCAGAAUUAUGUGCGCGUCUGACAGCCAUGGAAGCCGUCACUUGCAUCAACGAUGUCUUCUCGCUUUUUGAUAAAGUGACGGAUGCUCACAAUGUCUUUAAAGUGGAAACGGUUGGUCAAGUAUACAUGUUGGUCAGUGGAGCACCAGAAAGAAGGCCGGAUCAUGCCCAGAACGUGGCCAGAGCGGCGUUGGAUAUGAUAGCUCAAGUUAGCAAGAUGACCACCUCGGAUGGAGAAAAGGUUCUAGUUAGAAUAGGAAUGCACUCAGGUCCAGUAGCUGCCGGAGUGGUAGGCCUGAAAAUGCCAAGAUACUGCCUGUUUGGAGACACUGUGAACACUGCAGCUAGAAUGCAGUCCCAUGGAGAGCCUGGCAAAAUCCAUAUUAGUGAAUCCUGUCAAAAGCAUUUACAGAAGGACGAAUUCGUAACUGAGCCUCGAGGAUCAAUGAAAAUUAAGGGUAAAGGACAAAUGAACACGUACUGGUUAUUAGGACAGAAAAAGGAAACGAGUGAAUAAUUAAAAACAAGGAAGCCUGACUAGUUCUACCUCACACGCAGAAACGAACUGGUGCCUCAUCUGCAUUUACCGCCAUACGCCAUAGAUCAUUGAAGCGUUCAUUGCAUUUUUCAUUAAGUUAUUUAUGUGCCAUAUUUUUCCAUAGAAAUGUGAUGUAAAAAAAGUAUUUUGGUUGCUUUAUAUAAAUAAACUUCUGCCUCAAUUUGUA